AUGCAGCUUCAGUGGCAAAAUAAAAGUGACAGCAAUGGUAAAAUUGCCAACGUGGUGGCAACAGGGCCCCAGAGUGGAGGAGACAAUGAGGAAUCUAAAGAUGGGAGAAGGACAGACUACCCAGCAGGGUUCAUCUUGUCAUUCUCCUCAGGUGGGGCCCAGGUCUGGGUUGCCAUGGAUACCGUGUCCCUGGAGCAUCAGAUCCAGAGUGUGCAGCGUCACAUCAGCUUCCUGAAAAAGGAGCAGAUGGCCUUGCUCCGUGACCUGCACCUGGAGAUCCUAAGGCUGCAGAAACGCUGCUCAGAACUGACCCAUGACCUGGAGAUGAGAGAAGCCCAAACUCACCAGCAAGAGGUGGCGUCCCUGGAACUGGAGACCAAGUGCCGCGCGCUGGAGUCCCAAUUGGCGGAGCGGGCCGCGGCCAAUGCAGAGCUGCGGCAAGAGGUGGCGCAGCGCGAGGCGCUAGUGUCGGCGCUGCGGAGCAGCCUGCGAGCGGAAGAGCGCCGCUUCCUGGAGGAGCUGCGCCGCCGCAGCCAUCGCGCCACGGUGCUGGGCACCGAGCUGCAGAAGCACACCGAGGCGGCUGCCUACCUCUCCUGUCAGCUACACGCGGCACGCCAGAGACUGCAGGCCCAGCGCCCAGCCCACAACCCCGGCCUUGCCAGAGCCAGCCCGCCCCGCCCAGCCCGCCCCGUGCGCCCAUGGAACCCGAGUAGGCACGGAGCCGGAGGGGUGGGGAUGGGGGGAAGCCCACCCGGACCCCGGCUGCAGCCGCGGUCCCGCAGGCAGUUCCCAGGGCUGAGGGUCGCCGGCCUCUCCUCCGAGAAGUGGGCGGAGCCUGGCCUAGGCCUGGGGGACCCACCUGGCCGAAAGAAAGAGACCCCCAUCCCAGCUCCUGGAAUAUCUGGGUAA